AUGGGCUGGCGAAGUUCUGCAACUUUAGAACAAAGUCAAGAUCCAUCUGUAAACCCUCAUGGUGCAGAAACACCGUUUCACGAGAUGACGUGGACUGCCAAACAGUUGACCAGCCUUUUCGCAGACCCUGCUGUGGCCCGAGAGCCCAAACAGCUUGACAUCGAAGUUGACGACUACGUUGGCGUUAAUGACGACUACCAGACGUCCACAUUCAUUUUAAACCAGUACAACAAGUAUAGACUGAUCGACAUCUUCGGAAUCAAGGAGGAUGGCCAGGUCAACGCCGAAGAGAUGCUGUCCACGAUCGCCCGCCUGCAGGGCCAAGCGCACAUGAACCUCGAUAAGCUGAACAUGCUGACAAUUCAGGAAGUGCAGAGGUCGCUCAAGGACAUCCAGGACGUGCUGACCGCCCCCCCGCGGAGGCCCAGGCCGCCCUCGGCGCCCGCCGCCGCGCCGCGGGCCGGCCCGGAAGGCGCGCCCGGCACCGGCGCCACCCUGCGCCCGGCCCCUCCGCCGAGCGUGAUCGGCGCGGCCUUCGGCAGAGUGGGCGAUCGGGCGGCGGCAGCUCCAGAGGCGAGGGGCGAUGAGGCGAAGGCGGCGACGGCGUCGACGGCGUGGGCCAGCGCCCCCAGCGUCGAGAGCGAGAAGUCCCGGGCGGAGACGGCGCCGGCCGCCACGGUCGAGCGCGGGCGCGGCAGGAGGAGGGCCCCGACCAGGCAGGGGGCCGAGGCCCACGGCAAGCCGAGGGGCGAGCCGUGA